UUUCAACGGCUUCAAAUGUCAACGAUCUCCCGCUCUAAUCGGCAGCAUUUCUGAUCGCCAUCGAAGCAACAGCAGCGGACGCUUUCGUCUGGAAAAGAAAUUGUGCUCGUGUAGUUCUGUUUGUGUACUGCAAGUUUUAAUUAGUAAAGUGACUAUUGUCGUGUGAUUAUUUGUUUUGUACAGUCCAUCAAUCCGCAGCGCACAUUAGAUAAACCAUUUGUUUGAUAUAAAAGUGUGAGGUUAUCGAGUCUUCUACGUGUGUCGCACGGGUAGCGUAAUACAAAAUGGAUACGGAAAAUGUUCCCAACAACCGGCUCGCGGCUUACAAACAUGGUUCCAAAUCGAACACGGAGUUACGACAAAAGCGCCACGAGGUAACGGUGGAGCUGCGCAAGAACAAGAAGGAGGAUCAGUUGCUAAAACGUCGUAACAUUACCGAAGAUGAUGGGCCAACGUCGCCGCUGCAGGAAAGCAACGCCCAAAGCCCGGUGACGCUGAAGUUCGAGGAAAUCAUUCAGUACAUCCGAAGUGGGCAGCCGGAGAAGGAACUUGCCACCGUACAGGCCGCCCGUAAGAUGUUGAGCCGAGAGAAGAAUCCACCGAUCGACAAAAUCAUCGGGCUGGGCAUGGUGCCGGUGUGUGUGAAGUUCCUUUCCGCAUCGGAUCGUCCAGCGCUUCAGUUUGAAGCGGCCUGGGCACUCACGAACAUUGCAUCCGGCACGUCCGAGCAGACUAAGGUCGUAAUCGACGCCAACGCGAUUCCACGCUUUAUCGAGCUGCUUAGAUCCCCAUCGGUUACGGUAGCGGAACAGGCCGUCUGGGCGCUCGGUAACAUUGCCGGCGAUGGAUCGAAGGCGCGUGACAUUGUGCUGGAACACAACAGUGUUGACGCGAUCAUCGCACUCGUGAGCAAUGGAAACACACAGAUCUCUUUCCUUCGGAACAUCGUGUGGCUGAUGUCGAACUUGUGCCGCAACAAGAAUCCGGCACCACCGUUUAACCGGAUUGAACCGAUGAUUCCGGUGCUAUCGGCGCUGCUCGAUCACGAGGAUGCACAGGUCCUGUCGGACGCCUGCUGGGCACUAUCAUACGUCACCGAUGACGAUGUGGUGAAGCUAGAUUCGGUCGUUGCAUCCGGUGCAGUGCCGAAGUUGGUCCGACUGCUCGGCACAAACAAUCCGGCCAUUAUCACACCAGCGCUGCGCAGUGUAGGCAACAUUGUGACGGGCAAUGACACGCAGACUGAUGCCGUAAUAGCGGCGAAUGCACUUUCCCUACUGACUAACCUGUUGCGCCACACAAAGAACACGAUCGUGAAGGAAGCGGCCUGGACGGUGAGCAACAUAACGGCGGGCAAUCAGAGCCAGAUCCAGCAUGUGUUGGAUUCCGGCAUCUUUAACGUGCUGAUCGACGUGCUGACGAGCGGUGAUUUCAAAUCACAGAAAGAGGCUGCAUGGGCGGUCACCAACACUACUACGGGCGGAUCAACCGAGCAGAUCAUUCAGCUGGUUGAGAAGUACCCGAUCAUGAAACCGUACUGUGAUCUACUGGAGGCCAAGGAUACCCGCACGGUUCGUGUGGUGUUGAGCGGUGUCACCAACAUCUUCCAGAUCGCAGCCCAGAUCGGUGGUAUCGAGAAUCUGUGCACACUGUUCGAGGAGAUUGGUGCACUGGACAAGCUAGAAACGUUACAGAAUCACGAGAAUGAAGACAUUUAUCAGAAGGCGUUGCAGCUGAUCGACACGUACUUUUCUGAUGCGGAAGACGUUAAUCCGGAGUGUGCCCCGAAGGAAGUCAAUGGAGCGCUGGAGUUCAACCCAACCACUCCACAGGAUGGUGGAUUUUCUUUCUAAAUUAUUUGUCUUACGCUUAGUGUCCUGUUUCGUUCCAUUCCACCAAUCCGUACGUUUGUGUAGUCCCCUGCAAAACAGCGUUGUCAAGAGGGUAAAGUAAUUUAAUUCUUACUUCUUUUGUCAAAUCGGCUAGUUACAGUCCUUAGGAAUAUCGUUCAUGAACAUACGUUUUUAUAUCUGUGAAAAUUUAGCCUCAAAAUUCCACCGACUUCGGCUGAACGUCGUUCAGUGAAUAAUCGUGUUUUACCCAUGUUUCCGCAUUGGGUUGCUUCUGGUUGCUUCAGUUAGCUUGAAUUUUGGCCACUGUGAAUGGUCUGUUUGGUGCUUGUGUUUUCCACACUCAUGUUAAAUCUGCGCUAUGUUUUAUGUUUUAUUUUAAAUAUGCAAAUUAUCCAUCGUUUCGCGCGCCAAUUUUAGGCCAUCAAUACAUUCACAAAACAAAUAUUGUAAUUAACAAA